ACUUAUAGAUAACAGCUCGCCUCUCUAAAAAUCAAUCAACUUUAACAAUGAAAGCAUUCAUCGCAUUCCUGGUAGCAUCUUUUGCCGUUGCCUCUCAAGCGGGAUAUGUCGAGAACUCGUGGCCAGUUAACUCCCUGGGAUGGAACUCCUGGAACAACGGAUGGAACAAUGGAUGGAAUGAGUGGAACAAAUGGAACACCAAGGGUCUGGUGUCUUAUCCUUAUUCCUCAGUUCAUGGAUCCUGGCCAGCACUGAACUCCGUCUAUGACAACGCUUGGGUUAACGGAAACGGAUUGUAUGGAGCGAAGCCAACCGUUGUUCAGGCCAACGUUGCCAAAGUGAAUCCAUGGGGACUUCCAUGGGCCGGAUAUGGUUAUGGACAAGGAUACAACAAUUAUGUUGCUCAUGGUGCUCCAGUCGUUGCUGCCGAGUAUGUCGCUUCCAAUCCAGGAUCAGUUCAUGUUGCUCCUCUGGUCGGGCAUGCCGUUAACCAGAAGCUGAUUGUUGCUUAAUUUUCAAUAAAGUUUCUCCACUCUCAAA